AAUCUAUUAUUUCUUGGAGCUCGGUAGAAGGAUCCAAUGUCAUUCUUUACUGAUGUGUUUGAGGGAUUGCUGCUCAUAUGUACCGUCUACAGGUUGUGAUAGGAUGUUCGGAGAGGAGUGGAGACUGAAGAACUGGAUUUCUCAAGGUGUGUGCAAAGUUCUGAAAAGCGAGAAAGUCGGUGAUCUCGGAUCCUCGUGCAUCCAGAACCAAAUUGAGGCCAGUCAGAAAUCUACAACUUAGUAGUACCGGGACCUUUCCCAAUACAGUAGGGAACGCCAGCAGUCAAAGGUCGGGUUACCAACCUAUCACACUAGCAUAUGAAUCUACAAGCAAGGCCACGGACCAAUCCAGCCACAACCAAGGUUGCCUGGGACUAUUUGGUUCACCAAUUCGCACGAAUCCAACCGUGCGUAGUCUAGCUCAAUCGUGAAGGCGAGUAUGUAGAAGUAUCUAAUCUUCAAGGGAGGCGUUCAUCAGUCAGGGGAUCGUACCGUUAGAGCUCACGGAAUGGCUCAUGAGUCGAGUCACCGCUGCCCGGGCACCGGGCUGUACGUGUACGGUCAAGCGGAGGCAACCCCGAAGAUGGUCCGCUUCCUGUUCUUUUCUCUAUCUGUUCGGUUGUCAAUGAAUGGUCACACCCAAGCGACCGCGACAGGAUGAACCCUGAAAGGGAUGCAGCCGGUGCAGCGGAGGCGACGCCAAUCAGAGAUCGUGAAGAUCAUGAUGAGAUUCCGGUAAACAACGACGAUGUGGCUGUUGGAGACGGACCCGAGGUUGAAGCUGCAGAUCGUGCCGUUGAGGAUGACCAAGGGAAUCAGCACCACCAAGACCAGGGAGCAGAAGACGAAAACGAUGUUGCCGGGGAUGACCAAGCCGCAGCAAGAGGCCACCCCAUAAUGCCGGUCGUUGCAGAUGAAGCAUGGACAAUGGAAAUCACUGACCAAGAACGCCAAUGGGCUUGUACCAUCAAAACAGCCAUAGAAAGCUGCCCUGAUCUGGACAAGCUGUCUGAUUUCGAAUACUGCCAAUUCGCAAUAGUUGAUCAAGACAAUGUGGAGGGUGCAGUUGACAGAGCCACAUCCCUACAAGGCCUUUGUCAGGAGUAUGAUAUCUACAACAGUCUUGAAGAUGCAAUGACUCGGCUAGAUCAAUUUGUCAAGUUGUUGCCUGAAAUGUUCCUCUCUUUUACGAGCAACCACAGAUCUGGUGGAUAUGCCAUUGUGACUGACAUGAAAGGCUAUGACCAAAAAGCUCUCAAGACUGAGAAAGGGUGGAAAACACAUAUUGCUGGUCUGUACUAUCUUUUCCAUGCACUGAACCCAGACUUUCACAGUAUCCGUCAUGGAAUCACCAUUGUGCAAGAGUGUGAAGGCUACAGCAUUCUUGCUAAUGUGGACUUCAAGACUGCCAGGACUACCUCUGCAGAAUUCUACUCUGUGUAUCCUUUCAACACCCAUGAACUUAAGUACUAUCAUACAAACAUGUUCUUCAACAUGACGAUGUCCUCUUGCAAGGCAGUGUUACCAAAGUCGGUCAGUUCCAAAUUCCAUGUUGGUUGCUUCUUCCCUCCUGGGCGUUUGGACCGCUUUUACAAUAUCCCCGAUCCACAAACUGCAAUGGAACGAACCAUUAUGCGCAUGCAACAUAGAUCUAGUGUUCGGAGGCGAUAUGAAAAUGGGGCCCAAUUUCAGCUAUCAUAA